CAGCCUGUCGUCACAGGGCAGACUAGAAUAGUACAGAAAACUCUAGGCAGAGAGGAAAUGAAUUUGAAAGAAGGGGGAACACAGGGCAGAGAGGAGAGAAAGAGGGCAGUGUGGCAGGAGAGCUGGUGCAGUGCUGCGAUGCUGGGAGGAUGGAAGAAGUGGCAGUGAAGCAUGGCUUCCUGUACCUGCAGCAGCAGCAGACUUUUGUAAAGAAAUGGCGCCGCUUUGGGGCUGUGCUGUAUGCAGAGUCAGGGUGCUCCCUGGCUCGCCUGGAGCUCCAGGAGGGCCCGGACAAGCCACGCAGGGGAGACGCCUCCAGGAAGGUCAUUCGCCUCAGUGACUGCCUGCGGGUGGCUGAGGCUGGAGGGGAGGCCAGCAGUCCCCGGGACACCAGCCCUUUCUUCUUGGAGACCAAGGAGCGCCUAUACCUACUGGCUGCCCCAUCGGCAGAGCGUGGGGACUGGAUGCAGGCCAUCUGCCUACUGGCCUUCCCGGGCCAGAGGAAGGAGCUGCCAGGGCCUGAAGGGAAGGGUAGCAGGCCCCACAUGGCGGAGAAUGAACUGUACAGCAGUGGGCUCACAGUGAACCCUCGCAAGGAGUUCACUGUGACCAUGAGACCCACGGAAGCCAGUGAGAGGUGCCGGCUCCGGGGGUCCUACACCCUCCGCACUGGGGAGAGUGCCCUGGAGCUGUGGGGAGGCCCUGAGCUGGACAUGCAGCUGUAUGACUGGCCUUACAGGUUCCUUCGGCGCUUUGGGCGUGACAAGGUAACCUUCUCCUUUGAGGCAGGUCGCCGCUGCCUCUCUGGGGAGGGCAGCUUUGAGUUUGAAACUCGCCAAGGCAAUGAGAUCUUCCUGGCUCUGGAAGAGGCCAUUUCAGCCCAGAAGAACGCCACCCUGCCUGCGCCCCAAGCCCAGCCAGUCACAGUCCCCACAGCACUGCCCCGGCCCGAGAGUCCCUAUUCCCGGCCCCAUGAUUCACUGCCACCACCUUCACCCACUACCCCUGUGUCUGCCCUCCGGCCUCGGGGCCCUGAGGGGGAGUAUGCACUGCCCUUUGAUACCGUGGCCCGCAACCUGGGGAAGAGCCUGAGGGGCAUCCUGGCUGUGGGCCCCCAGCCCCCCGCAGACCCUCUGUAUGACAGUAUCGAGGAACACCCAUCCACAAGACCUGACCACAUAUAUGACGAGCCCGAGGGUGUGGCCACCCUGUCCCUCUACGACAGGCCUCAGGAGCCUCGGGGUGAGGCCUGGAGGAGGCAGGCCACAGCUGAUGGGGACCCCAGUGGCCUCCAGCAUGUCUAUCCAGUGGGGCAGGACUUCUCUGUCUCUGACUGGCCACAGGGGACUGAGUAUGACAAUGUCAUACUUAAGAAGGGCCCAAAGUGACAGUUGGCAAUAUGGUGAGCACACCAAGGGCAGUGGCUGAGGAAGGGCCAUGGGCGGGGGGUGGGGUGGGUGGGUGGGUGGUCACAGGCUUCUAUUAGUGACUUCUCCAGGCUGCCAUCCCCAGAAUGCUCUCUGCUCCUUUGGAAUCCUCCCCUCAGCCUGUUUUAGUCUGUUCUGAGGAAUUGCCCCUCUCAGGGCCCACUUGUGAGUCACAGCCCUACAGCAGUAAGAAUGUCCUGAAAGGCCCACCCACCUCCUACUCCUUCCCCACUUCCUCUUCCAGAAAGGAUGUCAGCAAAUUGCCCCAAUGUCCUUGGCUUAUGUGGGCCUCUGCCUUCUGCCAGAGACUCCCCUGGCCCCAGAGCCCCAGAAUUCUGGCUGCCACUGUCUGUGUCUGUAGGGACUUGUUCGUGACUUUAACAUGUCUGGAGUAUUUUUGUGUAGCAUGAGUGCUGUGGGGGCUGGGAUGGCACAACGACUGGGAUGUCACUGGGAUGGCAGGGACAGAUGCUCUAGUGAGUCACAGUGACACCUCCUCAGCUGGCAGCAAGGUGUUGUCUGAACCUAGGUUGGGUCCCAACAUGCUUGUGGCAUCUCUAGUCCUUUGACUGACUGAGGGAACACCAGAAAAAUGGUGGGGACAUGAAGUUGCAUGUGUGUGGGAAGAUGGAUCUGUAGGAGACAGCUGGCCAUUAAUGGGCCUCUUGUGUAAUCCCAUUCACCUUUUGCCCUCUUAAGACCACCCAUGGGGUCCUCCAUGUAGACUCUUUCUGCUAUGGGACUCUCCACAGACCCUGUUGUCACAUCUCCUCAAGGGCAGAUUUCUGUCCGGUGCUCCCAAUGUAUCCUGGACCCCCUCCCCCAUAUCUCCAUUGCCUUGCCCCACUAUUGAAAGAUAGGGACAGGCUGGGAGUAUGGAUUGACCUGCCAACACCCAUGUUCAGCAGAGAAGCAAUUAUAGAAGCUAGAUCUUAUACCUUCUGCAUCCCAUAUAACACGGGGUCCAUACUCCCAGACAGAUAAAGUAUGGGAAAGCUUUCAAGGGAGGGGAUGGGAUACAGAACUCUGUUGGUGGAAAUUGUCUGGAAUUGUACUCCUCUUAUCUUAUGGUCUUGUUGAUAUUUUUAUUUUCUAAAUAAAUUAAUAACAAUAAAAAACCACCUCUUCCACAGAC